CUUAGUGGUUCUUACUGUUACAGAUGGUUCAGAAAAGCGAUGGAGGAGUCUUCCCUUCUCUUGUUCACAAUGGCGAUGCUUAUUUGGAUACAGGCACUACACGUCUGCAACAACUUGGUUAUAAGCAGGAGCUGAAGCGUGAUCUCUCGGUGAUUUCGAAUUUUGCGUUCUCCUUUUCGAUUAUAUCGGUGCUUACAGGGAUAACCACCCUUUACAAUACUGGGCUUACAUAUGGUGGCCCUAUUGUUAUGACUUAUGGAUGGUUGAUUGCUGGUCUCUUCACCAUGACUGUUGGGUUGUCGAUGGCUGAGAUAUGCUCCUCUUACCCAACCUCAGGUGGUCUCUACUAUUGGAGUGCCAAGCUUGCUGGCAAGGAUUGGGCGCCCUUUGCCUCAUGGUUGACUGGCUGGUUCAACAUUGUUGGUCAGUGGGCUGUCACAACAAGUGUGGAUUACUCGCUGGCACAACUUAUUCAAGUGAUUCUUCUACUUAGCACAGGGGGAAAAAAUGGCGGUGGAUAUCAGGCUUCUAAAUAUAUAGUUAUUGCCAUCCAUGGUGGAAUUCUACUUGUUCAUGCCAUCAUUAAUAGCCUUUCUAUAUCAUUUUUAUCCUUUUUUGGUCAACUUGCUGCUGCAUGGAAUAUCUUAGGUGUUUUUGUCCUCAUGAUUCUCAUACCAACUGUUGCAACUGAGAAGGCUAGUGCCAAUUUUGUUUUUACUCACUUCAACACGGAUAAUGGACAAGGAAUCAACAGCAAAGUUUACAUAUUUGUUAUUGGACUCCUGAUGAGCCAGUACACUCUAACUGGUUAUGAUGCCUCCGCACAUAUGUCCGAAGAGACAAAGGAUGCAGAUAAGAAUGGACCGAAAGGAAUAAUAAGUGCGAUAGGCAUAUCCAUUGUUGUUGGAUGGGCUUACCUACUUGGUAUCACAUUUGCAGUAACAAACAUCCCUAACCUUUUGAGCAGUGACAAUGAUGCCGGUGGUUAUGCCAUUGCGGAAGUGUUCUACCAAGCCUUCAAGAGUAGAUAUGGCAGUGGAGUUGGGGGAAUUAUAUGCCUGGGAGUGGUUGCUGUUGCCAUAUUUUUCUGUGGCAUGAGUUCUAUGACAAGUAACUCCAGGAUGGCAUAUGCAUUCUCAAGAGAUGGAGCUAUGCCCUUUUCAUCAUUGUGGCAUCAAGUGAACAAGCAAGAGGUCCCACUAUAUGCAGUUUGGCUCUCUGCAUGUAUCUCAUUUUGCAUGGCAUUGCCGUCUCUCAGAAGCUUAGUGGCAUUUCAAGCAAUGGUGUCAAUUGCAACCAUUGGACUCUAUAUUGCCUAUGCGCUACCAAUCUUCUUUAGGGUGACAUUGGCCCGCAAAAGUUUUAUUCCAGGACCCUUCAACUUGGGCCGAUAUGGAAUCCUUGUGGGCUGGGUUGCGGUUCUUUGGGUAUCAACAAUCACUGUCCUUUUCUCUUUGCCUGUAGCAUAUCCCGUUACAAAGGACACUCUCAACUACACUCCUGUUGCGGUUGGCGGCCUCCUUAUCCUCACUGUUUCAGCUUGGAUUAUCAGUGCACGGCAUUGGUUCAAAGGUCCCAUCACCAACAUAGAUAUUUGAAA